CAGCUUGAAAAGAUAAAUAAUAGUGUCUUAUUUCAUUUUCCGAUUAUACCCGAUCAUACAUGCGGUGGAUUCGGUGUUUUUUGGCAUUUGCAUUUCAUCAGCUGUUGUAGAUGGAGUACGGUGGGGUUUUCCUCGGAUAGAAUCCGUUUAAAUAACGAGAAUAUUUGUUAAAAUGUGUCGUGAAAGGUGGUUUUUUGAUAUUUUUCAAUAGAGGUCCAAUAAAUGUCAUACAGGAUGGAAAAACUGCCGAGGACUGCACUCACUUCACGCAAUAAAUCGCAUUCCAACUAAAAAGCUCAAGAAUUUUAAUUACGGCUAGCUUUAAAUUAAAAAACAAAUUAUUGAGAAUGAGCGCGAGCAGCGGGGGAAAGAAGAAAUACGCAAAUUUCAGGAACAGACAGCGGGCGAGUUUGAGUUUUUUCAUAGUCGUCAUGUUUUUCGGCGUUUUCGGAAUAAUCGUGUUUACGGAAAUUUUUUUUAUAGACGAAAGGGGGCGCGCAACGGGGGUGGUCGUCAGACACGGUUCACUAACUUAUCAACAUAAACAAGAAAAAUCGGCCGAUUACGAAGAGAGCGAGGACUACAUAUCAAUAAGAGUUGGGGCUGCGAUGAUGAACGAAGACACCCUCGGUGCGCUUCUCAUCGGGGGUCGCGCUCCAGUUGCACUCCCCGUAAUUGAACAUUCGGCUCCUUCGUCGUCGAAGGUUAUUUCCGAAACUCUGUUACCUCCGUUUCCGGAAAAUACGACGCUGAACGAAGGUGCCUGGCAAAAUAUUAGCAAUACAAGAUACAAAUUCUUCGUAUUUUCCGCGUAUUACGACGAAAGAAAAGGUCAAAGGAUAGUUCGGGUAAUAGGGGCCACGAAAACUCGGGGGGCCGAAAGGGUCUGGUGUCGAUUAUGGUAUAAGGCGGAUUCCAACUCGACGGCCCACGUUUCUCUCACCGUUCCGGCUAAAAUAAAGGUGAUUCGCGAAAAUUGGAACUUGAAAUACAGUGCCUGUUUCGUGAUGUGUCCGCUUCCCGCAAAUAAGACUGUUCCUGCGGCGGUUAGUGUAGUAGCUAGACCUAGAGAUCCUCCUAUCAAUCUAUUGGCGGUUAUCAAUAAUCAUAACGAAACGUCGUCGAUGCCUUCGUGGAUAAACGGGGGCGGUAACGGCGCAACUGGACCGUCUCAGUACAAGUUCGGAGUUUGUGUUAAACCUCUACAUUUCGAAUAUAACAGAGAUCUCCAAAUUUUAGAAUUCAUAGAAUUCAACCGACUACUCGGAGUAGAACAUUUCACAUUUUAUAAUCACACAAUCGGAAAUCAAGUAAAUUGCAUUCUAAAGGAUUACGCUGAAAAAGGACUGGUGACAAUACUACCUUGGAAUUUGGAUAUGGUUUCGCAAAAAGACAUAAGAACCGAAGGACUAUUCGCAUCCUUAAACGAUUGCCUUUACAGAUCAAUGUAUAAAUUUUCGCACAUCCUUCUAAUCGAUUUAGACGAAUACAUCCUACCGAAAUACAAUGACACAUUAGGACAAAUGAUUGAUCAUUUGAAAAACCGUCUCAACACUCGUUCUACGGGCUCCUUUUCAUUCCAAAACGCGUUUUUUUAUCUCCAAUGGGACGACGACGAUUCCGUAUACGAUUUCGACGACCCAGUCGCCGCCAAUUUGGUAACAUUAAAGAAAACUCGUCGAAAGACUAAACUCCAUCCGCACAAGCAGCGCUCCAAAUACAUUUGCCGACCCGAAUUUACCGUCGAAGCCGGCAACCACUUCGUCUGGGAGUUUAUACCGGGACACGGCACCCUGAACGUACCGCCAGAAACCGCCAUUCUACACCAUUACAGAAUCUGCGAAUUCGGAGGCGACGAUUGCAUCAAGGCGUCAUCGGUCGUCGACAGAACGGCGUACCGAUUUAAGAACGCCCUAAUCGGGGCGGUAAACGCGAGAUUCGAAAGACUGAAUAAAAAGUGUGAUCUACCGAAAUUGACUUUACCGUCCGGUAAAGUUUUCAAUAAAUUGAUAAAUUUCUUAAAACCGAGUUAAAAGAUACGGAUUCGUCAGUAUUAAGUUGCUAGAUGUUGUCGAUGAAUAUACAAAUCGACAUUGUGAGUUUUAUGGUUCAAUUUUUCUAAAAAGUAUUAUUUUCGUCGGUUUCGAGGAUAACCGCAGCUGGCGGAAGCCUCCGAGGCGCCCGAGGAUGAGGGAUCCGAGGGAAUGAUGAGCUGAGGUAGAUGUAUGGCGCGUCUGAGGUGGCUGGUACGCGUGGAGAGGAUACCUUCUGAUCGAUACCAGCGCAGAAUCAUCCUGGGGGACGGUCUUCGUCGUUAGGGCGGUCCUUAUCCAACUAGGGGUUCGACGUCGGAGGCACCGCGUUCAACACAGAAACGAUUAUUGACAUUGUUCUCAAAGGACCGUAGCGCCGGUUACAUAAGAAGAAGAAGAAGCCUCCAAAUGCUUGGAAGAAACCGUUACGGAAGUUAAUCUCCGACAAUUCUUAUUAUAACUACCAAAAAAAUUACUUAUAGCAGUAUAGAAGGUUUGAAGUCUCUCCGCCGGUUAGCUAUCCCUGUAAAUGCAUCUACGUGGAUGUCCUCUUCUUCUUUAUGCACCUUCUCCACUUGUUUCCACCAAUAUAUCUUCUUACAUGCGUCUACGUUCUCUCGAUUCUGUCUAAACGCCCCAACUAACGCUCAAUUAUUCUUCUUCAUUCAUCUUUCUCCACUUGGUUCAUUCCUUAUCACUCCUCCACGCAUUUAGCCGCUUUCUUAUUCGUGACCGAGCUCGUUCCGGCUACCGGUGGUUUUGGAACGCGGCGCGUCGGUAACAGAGCCCGUUUUUAAGAAUUCCCGGUACGUCUAUGCCAACCUCUAAUCAAUCAAUUGUUUUUCUCAAUGUUUUUUAUGUAAAUUCAUCGACUUACAUUAGGUGCUUGUUGUAUAUAUUUUUGUACAGUAAUAAUUAGAGACUUAAGGUUUCAAUAAUAUGGAGUAUUAUUUAUUUUUUCAAUGUGUACGGCAUAAAAUUAAUUAUUGCAGGUAGUAUAACCUGAUAUUAGAUGUAAAUAGGUAAAUAAAUAAAUAGUUGACGAUUUUUCUAAUGGAAUUACCGUCGAAAUUGAUGAUUGAGUGGACAACAACAUUAUCUAGUUCCUUAAUUCCCAUUUUUCGUAACUAUGUCGCGGAAAAUUCACUCCCGCAGCUCCCUAAUGGAACGCUACUGAUUUCUAACCUAAAAAUCACAUCGAUUAAGGCUGAUUCAUGAACUUGACUUGCCGUUUGCCGCUGGUGACAUUUGACGUUCGUAGCAAAUUCUACAUCCAACCUAACUUGACGUUACUGUUGUUUUGACGUGUGUCAUCGGCUUUAAUGGUCUCGUCGACGAAGUUAUUCAGUCACUUUUUGACGUAAACUCAUCGGAUUGGAUUGGAUGAGGUCACAACCGGCCGCCAUAUUGUCUUUGGGGGACAAAUAUUGUAUUAUUUACAUUAAAAUUGUUAUCGGUAGUGGUUGUAUUUAUAUACUAUUUUAUUAAUGUUUAAUUUGUACAUUAUGUAAUUGAAUUAAUUUAUUAAUUUCAUUUUUAAAAAUUGCUCAAGCACCGAUAUAUCAAUUUUCGCAUUUUCAUGUAAUUUGCCACCGAAUUUGUUAAUUAAUUCUAUUAAAGUUAUUAAAAAUAUGAAAAAAAAAAUCAUAUUUUACAUAUAUCUUCAGUGCAGAAAUAUUAUUUUUUUAUGAGUAUGUAGAAAUUUUUCUCAAUAAAACAAACAUAGAAAUAAAAAUAAUUCAUUACAA